AGUUGUAGUAGAGGAGUGGGAGUAUUGCAUCUUCCUCCCUCUAACAUUAUCCAUCCAUUUUAGCUUCAUUCUAAUCAUCAAAUUUCAACACUUUUGCAUGGCUUGCUAAUACGCUCAUGGAUAAUUUUUCUUCUAUUACUACUAUCAAUGCAUUACCAAGUUCAAGCCUUUUUGCCUUCGGCUUCAAAACCAUGGUUCCCCUCUCUCAAUUUUAUCUUCACAUCAACACGGCGCCGUUCACUCAGUAUUCAUCCUCGCAGUUGCAGUACAAAUUCUCAUCUGAAGAAACUCACAUCUCGGGUCGUUCAACUCACUCGCCGGAGACAGCUUCAGCAGAUUUUUGAUGAAAUUGAGGUUGCCAAGUCACGCUAUGGGAAGCUGAAUACCAUCGUCAUGAAUGCGGUGGUGGAGGGAUGUGUUCAUUGCGGUGAUAUUGAUUCUGCACUUCAACUGUUUGAUGAAAUGUCUAACCCAGGCUGUUGUGGAGUUGACGGUGUCACUUACGGUACUUUGCUUAAGGGUCUGGGUAAGGCGCGAAGAUUUGAUGAAGCAUUUCAGAUACUUGAAGCCCUAGAACAAGGUUCUGCUAAGGGAAAUGUCAAAUUGUCUGCCCCAAUUAUCACAGGUCUCUUAAAUGCUAUUAUCGAAUCAGGAGAUUUGCGCCGUGCUAAUGGUCUUCUUGCACGUUAUGGAUUUCUACUUCGUGAAGGAGGCAGUGCUCCUGUCUUGAUAUACAACAUACUAAUGAAGGGAUACAUAAACGCUGGGUGUCCUCAAGCUGCUGUGGCUGUGUGGGAUGAGAUAUCACAUCUAGGGUUAACUCCUGAUAGGCUCACCUACAAUACACUAAUUCUGGCUCGUGUCAAGUCAAAAAGUUUGGAUGCUGCUAUGAGUUUAUUUAAGGAAAUGAAGGACAAAGCACGGGAAUCAAACAACGAUAAUCUCUACCCAGAUGUUGUCACCUAUACGACAUUGCUUAAGGCUUCUGGGAAUUCAAAGAAUCGCGGUUUGGUCGAGAUGAUUGUGCUUGAAAUGAAGUUGCAUGACAAUCUCUUUAUAGAUCGAACUGGAUUCACUGCUAUGGUUGAUGCACUGCUGAAUUCUGGUUCAAUGAAAGGUGCUCUUUGUAUAUUUGGAGAAAUAAUAAAGCGGGCUGGUUUGAAUCUGGAACUCAGGCCAAAACCUCAUCUAUAUUUGUCUAUGAUGCGUGCUUUUGCUAUUGAAGGAGAUUACAGUAUGGUAAAGAAUCUGCACAAACGCUUGUGGGUAGAUUCUGUAGGUACUAUUUCUCCUGCAGUUCAACAGGAAACUGAUCAUCUUCUCAUGGAGGCUGCUUUAAAUGCCGGUCAGGUCGAUGUGGCUUUAGAAAAUCUCAGAAAAUUUAUACCAAGAUGGAAAGGCAUAUCUUGGACAGAUCGAGGAGGCAUGGUUGCUGUGCGCAUAGAAGCCUUAUUGGGAUUCAAAAAAUCAAUUUUAAGUCCUUAUUUCCUUCCUCAGGUUUCAUUAGACGAACCAAUUGAAACCAUUAUGACACCAUUAAUAGAAGCUCAGCCGCUACUUGGCUCAGUAGAAUUGAAGAAAGUUGUUAUGCGCUUCUUCAGGGAUCAAGUUGUGCCUAUUGUAGAUGACUGGGGCAAUUGUAUUGGACUAUUGCAUCGCAAUGACUGCACUGAGUUGAAUGCCCCUCUUAUGGCAAUGAUGAGAAGCCCGCCUCCUUGUGUUGCAACCACAACAUCUAUAGGUCAUGUGGUUGAUCUACUUUUGGCUAAAAAGUACAGAAUGGUUAUAGUUUUGAAAUAUAGCAAUUUCGAUAGUGAUACAUACAACUCAAGCUCUAAGGCUGUUGGAGUCUUUACAGCUGAAAAACUGUUUAAACUCACUAGACAUAUAUCAGACGUGUUUAGCCAAGAACAAGAAUAAAGUAUGUAGCAAAAAAAGUCAACGAAAUUCCCUGACUUGUAUUUUAUAUUGAAAGUAUUAUUGUAUUGUGACAAAACUUGGUCAGCAAGAAAUCAAUUGCCUAUCAGUUUCCUGUAGAUUGUGGCAAAAAUGUCUGUCUAAUUCUAAUGUGUUGAAGCACAAAAAACCUGAUGCUUACACAUUUACAUGUGACGUUAUUGUAAUUCUAGUAUUUAGUCCCGAAAUUUCGACCGUUA